AUGGCGAACGUCAACAGACCUACCGAUUUUGCCCAGAAAGAGCGAGACAUCAACCAGAAACUCCAGCUCUAUGGAAUCUUCACUGCCUUUUCACAGGGCAAGGUUCCCUCGAACAAACAAAUUGAUAUUGCCUUGAACAGCUUCCUUGCUUCAAGAGCGCUUUCAUCAUCACACAAGAACCUGUCAUCAGAAGGUCAAAACCUCGUCGCAGACGCAAGACAAGCGAUCAAGGAGACCCAGAAGUUGCUUCUGUCCAAAAAUGAGGGUAACCUGCUCCAAGAAUUUAUUUGGGAUGCUCAGCACAUCGAUGGAGCCGGCGCCGGCACACCUAAUGCCCCUAUUGACAAGAACACCGCUCAACAACACGGCGAUCAAGCUCUUGACGGCUUGAAGACCCUUGGUAGACUUGUCAUCUCCAACGGACAGUUCCGAAAGCUACUCGACGAUGGCCUGGUCUUGCUCCGGGAUAUGGCUGGUGACGCCGCUCAGAAAACCGCGGACAAGGUCAAUCCAGACCAGGACCGACUCAAGCGAAUCGACGAACCUGCCGAGGAUAAUACGUGGCACGACACCUCCAACCUCAACAGAGGUAAUCUCAAGCAGCAAUUCAAUGAGACUGUCAACAAAAAUAAACCAUUCAGUCGAGAGGACGUCAAGCAGGCCGGUCAACAAGGUCGAGAGACUGCCGAGCAGCACCCAUCUUCUGGUGAUCCACGAAACCCCAACUCCAACAACCAAGCUGCUGGUCAAUCUGGCGCUCGUGCCGCCUUUGACAAUCUCAAGUCGAAGGCCGAACAAAACAUUCCCGAGGAGAACAAGCAACGAGCACGAGAGACCAGAGAUGCUACUCAGCAGAGAACGAAAAACUAUUUGAGCAAGAAGAUGCCCCAAGAACGCCGGGACCAAACUAUCUGGCGGCUGAAGAAGAUGCUCGUCGAGAUUCAGGGUCAUUCUGAUUACCAAGACGCCAUUGUGACUCUACUUGACCUCGCUGAGCGAUAUACUGGUCACGGCCGAGAGCUAGCCAACCAGUCUGCUGGAACUGUUAAGGGCGCCCAUCAGGAUGGCGCUCUUCAACGCACGGAGCGAAACAUCAAGACACUGAUCGAGCGAUUUGCCAACUUUACUUCCACCGAUGACCUUACCGAUUCUCUUAACCAGGUCUAUCGCGAUGCUGACCAAGAUCCUGAACUCAAGAGCUGGUUCCGACGAACCAAUGCCUAUAUCCGAAAGUGCCUGCGAGAGCAGGGCUUCAUUUUGCAAGACCAAGCCACUCGAGAGUGGAAUGAGCUCUACGACCAGGCUCAGUUCUUGUUCCGUGACAGAUAUAGGGACCAUACCGACCACCUGCUCGACGAAUUCAAAUUCUUGGCCGACCAAUUUGACCAAGAUCCACAAAACAGAGCCUUCGCUGAUUCCAUGCAGAAGCUCUUCCUUGACUUGGGCCAAGACGAGGAUGGCAACCCAGCUUUCAAGCCACACCUCAUCAAAGAUCUCACUGAGGUUAUUAUUCCUGCUAUCUUUGCCAACACCCAAUAUGUUCCAAUUCCCCGAAUCGAAGUUUCUGACCCCAUGGUCGAUCUGAUUGUUGAGAACUUGGUUCUUGAGUCCGAUAACUUGUUCCCUAACGCUUUGGAGUUUGGUUCUGACAACUACUGGCGAUAUGGUCGAAAGACUGUCCGAAGCACACGUGAGAAUAAGGUUAUGAUCGCUGGCUCUGGCAUUCAGCUCGAUCUGCGAGAUGUUGCCUACUACUUGAAGAAGAAGCAAGGCUUCCCAUCCAUCACUGACAAGGGUGUUAUGGACAUUAUCCUCUCAGGUGAAGGCUUUGGUUUCAAGAUCGCCGCUCGCAAUGCCACUAAAGCUACCGACCGAACUCAUUUCCUACACAUCGAUAAGGUCGACGUUACCAUCAAGACUCUCGACAUCAAGGUCAAGCAGUCCAACCACAAGUUGCUCUUCAAGCUGGCCAAGAGCUUGUUGCUCAAAGUGAUGCGACCUGCUAUCCAGAAGGCCAUCGAGAAGCAGAUUAAGGACAACUUCGAGAAGUUUGAUGCCAUGGCUUAUAGUGUCUACAACGAGGUCCAGCGAUCCAAGCAGGCUGCCAAGAAUGAUCCUGAGCAGGCUGCCAAUAUCUAUCAGAGAUAUGUCAACGCUAUCCAACAAAAGAUGACAGAGAAGAAGAAGAAGGCUGAGAACCAGUCAAAGAAGACUGACGUCAAGGUUGCUCUGACUAAGGAGGAUUCCAUGUUUAAGAAUAUCUCCCUCCCUGGUGGCAUUUCCACAAAAGCUACUGAGUACAAGCAACUUGCUGCUAAGGGCGAUCGAUGGGAGUCUCCAAUCUUUGGUAUUGGCAGUGCUAAGGAGUCUACUUCGCUACCUCAUGCUAGCAAGGUUACUCGUAAGCCACACAACACCCGAAGUGCUGGUAUCCGUGGUGGCAAUCACCCUAACAGCAGCGAUUCAUCAGGCGGCCUUACUGGUUCGUCAGGCCAAUCGGGCUAUGGUCAAUCUGGUUCAGGCUAUGAUCAGCGAGGCUAUGAUCAGCGAGGCUACGAUCAGAGUGGAUAUGACCAGAGCGGUUACGGUCAAUCUGGUUACACUGGUGCUCCGUCACAAGGUGUGUCUGGCGUAUCGGGCCACUCUGGCACAUCAGGUGCCGCUCCAGGUUACACCAUUGCAAACCCAGCAUCAUCAGGUCUCUCAUCGUCUCUUGGUGGACCAGGAUCUAGCACCAUCGGUACUGCAUCUUCGACAAACACCAGCGGUCUGAGAGGUGAACUUGACCAAGCAUUCAACACCACUGGCACCGGUCAAAGCAAUCUCGCUGGUGGUGACAGACGUGGUGACAACCAAGUCGGUUCUGCCACCUUCUACGACAGCAUCACCAAAUAA